AUGUUUCUCACAACUACCUAUUCGUCCAAUUAUAUCAUGGAUCGUUCUCCCCUUGAGAGCAGAGUCGGGGAGCUCCGUAUAGUUCCCCGUCCUCAGCAUAUCGAGGUAGACAUCAACGAGAGUCAGCCCUCUCAUUUCUCUAUUGAGUCUGGCUCGAUAUGUCCUAUUUUACACAAAAUGUCUGUGAUGCCUGGGGGACACUCGGGGGAACCUAUCAAAUACAAGACUUCGAGCUUUGCAUGCGCUGCCCUGGAGUUUAACUUUCAGGGCAAGACCACUCGCAAGGGCAAACAUAUUUGUGCCAGCUUCACGGUCGACAUUCCUCCUUCCCUUCAUCCUCGGUACGCUGAGGAGUGCACAUACGAGCUGAUUGCAUCGGUGAAGAUUCUGACAACCGAUGCUAUGGGCAUGGAAAGUACCAUAGUUCGAACUGGGUACGCUGAGAUUGAUAUAUCAUCCAAGCACGUUCCACUCUUCAUUAACCCUCUCACUCCGUCUGGGCAUGGUACAUCAAUUUUUACCCUUCUUUAA